AUGGCUAGGCCAGCUCUUGUGCUCGUGUGCUGCUGCCUGCUGCUGGCGUACGCGGCGGCAGCGCGCGUUCUCGGCGAGGGCGAGCCUUUCGGCGGCCGGAAGAACCCCGCCGACCCGCACCAUUCUCCCGGCUCACACGGGACUCCGCCCUGCUCGCCGACCACGCCUACCACACCUGGCGGUGGCGGCGGCGGCGGCUAUUACCCGCCUUCGCCGGACAUCGGCACUUCCCCGACCGCACCGACAACUCCAGGCGGUGGCGGCGGGUACAAUGCUCCCCCGUCACCGUCCAGUGACACCUCCCCGACUACGCCCGGUGGUGGUGGUGGUGGUGGGUACUACGGUCCUCCUUCGCCGUCCUCUGGCACCUCCCCGACGACGCCCGGUGGUGGUGGUGGCGGGUACAGUGCUCCCCCUUCGCCGUCCAGUGACACCUCCCCAUCGACGCCUGGAGGUGGUGGUGGGUACUACGGGCCCCCUUCGCCGUCCAGUGACACCUCUCCAUCGACGCCUGUAGGUGGUGGUGGGUACUACGGUCCCCCCUCGCCGUCCUCUGACACCUCCCCGACGACGCCCGGCGGCGGUGGUGGAGGGUACAGUGCUCCUCCUUCGCCGUCCUCUGGCACCUCCCCGACGACGCCUGGAGGUGGUGGUGGGUACUACGGCCCCCCUUCGCCGUCCUCUGACACCUCCCCGACCACGCCCGGUGGCGGCGGGUACUAUGGCCCCCCUUCGCCGUCUUCUGACACCUCUCCGACCACGCCGUCGGCGCCCGGCUACGACGGACCUCCAUCGCCGUCCAGUGACACCUCGCCGACCACCCCAGGCAGCGGUGGCGGCUACUACGGCCCUCCCACGCCGUCCAGUGACACUUCACCGACCACUCCUGGCGGCGGUGGCGGUUACUACGGCCCUCCCUCGCCGUCCAGUGACACUUCCCCCACGACGCCUGGCGGCGGCUACUACGGACCUCCCUCGCCGUCAAGUGACACUUCCCCCACGACGCCUGGCGGUGGCGGCAGCUACUAUGGCCCCCCUUCGCCGUCCUCUGACACCUCCCCGACCACGCCUGGCAGCGGCGGCGGCGGGUACACGCCGACACCAGAUGCGCCGUUACCGCCUAUCAGCACAUCGCCGCCGUUCUCCCCGCUGACGCCAACACCGACUACCCCGACGCCCUACGACCCCAACACGCCGCCCUUCACGGGCCCGUGCACCUACUGGAUAAUGCACCCGGGCGUGGUGUGGGGCCUGUUCGGCUUCUGGUGCCCGCUGGUGCGGCUGUUCGGCCCGAGCGCGGCGGUGCCGUUCGGGCACGACCUGACCGUGCCGGAGGCGCUGGCGAACACGCGCCAGGACGGCGUGGGCGCGCUCUUCCGCGAGGGCACGGCGUCGCUCCUCAACUCCAUGGUGAACAACAGGUUCCCCUUCACGACGCAGGAGGUGAAGGACGCGUUCGGCGCCGCGCUCAGCUCCAGCGAUGACGUCGCCGCGGCGGCACAGGCGCAGCUCUUCAAGAAAGCAAACGAGGGACACGUCAAGCAGAACUAG